AUGUCUCCCAAGCAGAGAAGAAAGCGCGAGAAGAAGCAAACCUCGUCCGACUCGUCCUCGUUGACAUCCCCCGUGGUCGCAACCACCAAUUACCGUGAAAUCCACCAGACCGAGGCGGAAGCCUUACGAUCCAUCUAUGGCGAUGACUUUGAAGAUGUUGAGAAUCGGCGGUCGGCGUGGCAGCAAUCCUCCGACGUGACCUUCAAGCUACACCUACGCGCCUCCUCCAAUCCCGAUGUUCGUCUAGUGUUGUUGGUCGAGUUGCCCGCGACAUACCCCAAAACCGUUCCCAAUCUCUUGCUCGAAAACCUGGACGAUCUUCGUGAUGGUGCCCGCUCCCGCAUACAAGAAAUUUUGCGCAAUAAGCCCAAGACCCUCCUGGGCAGUGAAAUGAUCUAUGAGCUGGCGGUGUCAAUCCAGGAUGUGCUGGAAGAUGUCGCUCAGGCUCAAGCGCAGGACAAGGACCUACCCAGUCUGGAGGAGGAGCGAAUAAAGCAGGAAGCCGCUGCCAUUCAACGAGCCGAGCUGGAAAGAAAGGAGGAACUUCGGAAGCAGGAGGCUGCGACAGCUGAGGAAGAACGCGCUUUGCAUGAAAUGCUCCAAGAUAAGCUCCGACAGCGGACCCAGGCCCGCAUGCUGAGACGAAAGAGUCGAACGAGCGGAGUCGAACCAGGCGAUCUAGUCGAUCUCGCAGACAACCCCCCCGGAGCAAUCUCUUUCGAUCCACCCCUGGUGGUGAACGACACCGACGAGCAACCGCUGGUCUUCCGGGCCAUCCAUGGCAAAACCCUAUUGCAAAGCAAGCAGGGCAAGAAGACUUUCACUGUGAGACCUGUCGUCGCCGAGAGUCGCUGCCAUGUUCCACUUCUCGUUCUCAAGGAGAUUUGUUUGGACGAGAAGGGGUCGGAUAGUCUAGCAUUUCGGGAGCAGAUGCGGUCCAGCGAAGACAAGUUGGAGGGUCUGAAGCGACUCCGACACCCAAAUCUUGUUGAAUUUGUGGGAUUCAAAAUCGAUCGCCCGCCCAGCCACUAUGACAAGUCCUGGACCGUCUUUGCUCUAUUAGGGCAUGCGAAUAAGGGCUCACUCUCCGAGCUGCUUGAUAUCGUGGGAACUAUCGCCGCUGAGACAGUCCGUGGCUGGAUGAUCCAGCUCCUAGAGGCACUGGAGUUUUACCACCGCAGCGGGCUUGUCCAUGGAAACAUUCACUGUGGUCGGGUGAUGCUGUUCCGAAAUUCUUCAGGAGGGACUAUUGUCAAGUUGCAAUCCAGUGUGGAAGAGGCCUUGCCGGAUCCGCCUGGGGGAAGCGUUCCUUGA